CCGCAUUAUUUGCGUCUUAUUUCAAAAUUAUUCACAAAUCACCUCUCUCCCAUCAAUUUCCUCCUUUUCUCCCAAUUUCUCCCCUUAUUUGGCAACGCCAUCGUGUCAUCACCUCAUGUCGUUCCCUGCGCCAUCGAUAAUAACAGAUAAAUGUCAUGGAAAUUCCAAAGAUAAUACUCACUCCUCGUGUCCAUUGCACCGGCCUUCUCUGUCGAGGUGUCGGCCCGUAUCCUGUCGUUGCUGUUCCGUCUAGUCUUUCUGUCUUUUUCGGCCUUUGGCUCUCAUAAUUUCUGGUAAUGCGACGUCCUAGGUUUCUCCGCGUCGCUGCUAUAGCGCAAAUUCAGCGAGUUCCGAGUACAACCCCCGGCCUCGCGAAUCAUUUCUUGAUCUAUCACAUCCCCUACCGGAGCUACUACUCGAUUCUAAUGGCUCAGAAUUCCUGCAGAUGCACGGUCACGGGCUCCGUCAGUCUAGACUAACCCUUACACUGCUCCUCGGCCACCUGUCAUUACUCCAGAUAUCCCAUCGGCCCCACAAUCCCACAAUCCUUACGGCAAUGAACCCUUCUCUACAUGCACCGUCUGCCUACAAAUUCUAUAAUCAGCUUCUACAAUCCUUCGAUCCAUUCGCGACCCAUCCAUUCACCAGAUACUCUUCCCCUCCGACGCCCAAUACCGCGCCGACGUUUAUCCAGCCUUCUGAGUCACCUUCGUCACCUCCUGCACAGAAACCUAUUGCGUCAUCUUCCUCUGCCAAGCACCCUGCAUCUACUUCCACAUCACGCAUCUUCACGUCGUAUAGCGGGAGGCUUUCACCAGACCCCGAACUCGACCAAAUUUUGAAGAAGAAGAAAGCACCAGCCAAGAACAAGUCUUGACCCGUUAGUGUACGCGUUACAUGAUUGUAAUCAUACGAUUACAAUUCAGUCAUCGGUAGCAAUGUUGAUAAGGAAGGAUCUUAUAUAUAACACGUAGGAGGAGGCGGAUGAGCGAGGAGAAGGACGGAGUUAUCUCAUGUGUUUGCGCCAUCUUGAAUCUGGUUCUUGGUUACUUGAUUUAUGAAAUGCUUCCGAGUCUUUGCACUGUCUCUGCCCCUCAUUGAAUUUGUCCUGUUAUAAGAAUAGCAGAGUAGGUUCAACUACUCAUUGUCGACGGAUCAAUUGAAGU